UCCUAUGGUCGCUCAACUGUGCUACCAGCUCCAAGGGCUCAAACUCCCAAGCCGGCGUCCGGCCUGCUUGGGGGCCCUGCAGACUCUGGGGGGGUGCGGAGACCAGCACCAGCCCUUCUCUGCACUGGAGCCAGACGGGGCAGCCUCUUUUCACAUCUGUAGUGGUUUUUCCCCACUUGUCCAGGGGAGGGGGGGCAGAGAAGAAAGGCCAGAGAAUGUCGUCCCAGGCUGUGGGGAACCAGACCUCCUCUGGGGUCACAGAUGACUACUCCAACUGGUACAUCGACGAGCCGCAGGGGGACCAGGAGCUCCAGCCAGAGGGAGUGGUGCCUGCUUGCCACCCCAGUGUGCUAUUGGGGCUCCUCCACGCCUGCCUGGCUGUGCUGUCGAUCCUUGUGCUGCUGCUGCUGGCUGUGCUCACGAGGGUGCGCCGGCCCCGGCCCUGCUGUGGGCUCGGCAGAUCUGGAAUGUUCCAGUUGGUGCCAAGGCCCGGGCACCCCCACUUGGGUGGCCCAGCUGAUAGGGCCACUCUGGGCCAGUGGGGGUUUGUUAGCCCCGUGGAUUUCCUGGCGGGGGACACAAACUGGACAGUGCCUGCGGCUGUCUUCAUGGUCCUCUUCAGCUCCUUGUGUUUGCUGUUCCCUGCAGAGGACCCACUGCCCUUCCUGACCUUGGCUUCACCCCCCAGCCAAGAUGGAAAAAUGGAGACUCCAAGAGGGCCUUGGAAGACUCUCGCCCUGCUCUAUUACCCUGCCCUCUACUACCCUCUGGCCGCCUGUGCCACAGUCAGGCACGGAGCUGCACACCUGCUCGGCAGCAUGCUGUCCUGGGCUCACUUCGGGGUCCAGAUCUGGCAGAGGGCAGAGUGUCCUCAGACACCCAAGAUCUACAAGUACUACGCCCUGCUGGCUUCCUUGCCUCUGCUUCUGGGCCUCGGAUUCCUGAGCCUUUGGUACCCGGUGCAGCUGGUGAGAAGUUUCUGGAACAUGGCAGGAGCAGGCUCUGAGGGGCUGCCAAGCCGCUACUGUGAGGAAUAUCUGAGGGCCCUCCUUUGCCGGAAGAAGCUGCGAAGCAGCUCCCACACCUCCAAGCAGGGCUUCCGAUCCUGGGCCUGGAUCUGUUACAGAAACUACAUCUAUACUCCACAGCGAGGAUUCCGACUCCCUCUGAAGCUGGUGCUUUCAGCCACCUUGACAGGGACAGCCAUCUACCAGGUGGUCCUGCUGCUGCUGGUGGGCGUGGUACCCACCAUCCAGAAGGUGAGGGCGGGGAUCGACACGGACGUCUCCUACCUACUGGCCGGCUUCGGGCUCGUGCUCUCAGAGGACAGGCAGGAGGUGGUGGGGCUCGUGAAGCAUCACCUGUGGGCUCUGGAAGUUUGCUACAUCUCGGCCUUGGUCCUGUCCUUCUCACUCACCUCCCUCAUGCUGAUCCGCUCGCUGGUGACGCACAGGGCCAACCUUCAAGCUCUGCACCGAGGGGCUGCCCUGGACCUGGGCCCCCUACCCCAGGGUCCCCACCUCUCCCGCCAGGCCAUAUUCUGUUGGAUGAGCUUCAGCGCCUACCAGACUGCGUUUACCUGCCUUGGACUCUUGGUGCAGCAGAUCGUCUUCUUCCUGGGGACCACGACCCUUGCCUUCCUGGUGUUCAUGCCUGUGCUCCAUGGCAAGAACCUCUUGCUCCUCCGAUCCCUGGAGUCCUCGUGGCCCUUCUGGCUGACCUUGGCCCUGGCUGUGGUCCUACAGAAAAUGGCAGCCCACUGGGUCUUCCUGGAGACUCACCAUGGAUAUCCAGAGCUUACUAACCGGAGAGUGCUCUAUGCAGCCACCUUCUUUCUCUUUCUCAUCAACGUGCUGGUGGGCGCCAUGGUGGCUGCCUGGCGUGUGCUUCUCUCUGCAGUCUACAAUGCUGUCCACCUUGGCCAGAUGGAUCUCAGCCUGCUGCCACCUCGGGCAGCCACUCUCGACCCCGGCUAUCACACAUACUGCGGCUUCCUGAAGAUUGAGGCCAGCCAGUCGCACCCGGCUACCACGGCUUUCUGUGCUCUGCUUCUGCAGACCCAGCGGCCUCGGCUUCUCCGGGCCCCCCAGGAUGGCCUCAGACAGGGGCAGGAAGAAGAAGGGAUGCAGCUGCUGCAGACCAAGAACGCCAUGGCCAGGGGAGCAGGGCCCAGGGCCCGCCAAGGCAGAGCCCGCUGGGGGCUGGCCUACACACUUCUGCACAAUCCUGCCCUUCAGGCCUUCCGGAAGAGGGCCCUGUCAGGGGCCUAGGUCAAUGGAGCCCAGCCCUGAGAGUGGGGAAGCCGCUGUGUCCUUGUCAGGGCUGAAGUGCUCCGCCUCCUCCCAGCCCACUCCCUCCCAUCUUCCCCAGCAUCCUGCCAGCCUCCCUGGCCUCUCUCGGUCACUGUGGCUCCCCAUGACAAGUCCCCGGGCUCUUCAUCGGCCACCAGCCCCAGACGCCAGGGGGCGCUGUGGUCGGGUACAGGUCUGUUCCCAGCCGAACUCUGACCUAACCCUCAGGAGGACUCUAGUAGGGCCCCUUGGUCUUGGGAAGCUGGUGAGGGCUCUGGGGGAAGUAAUCUGAGGUUUAGGCCCUUGGUCUAGGGUGUCAUUAGAACUGGAGCGGCCACCUCCAGUCCCUUCUCCAUGCUGGCUCUGCCACCGACCUCUGCUCAUGGAACCGUCUCCUCACUGGGAUGGGUGAAUCAGGCCAGUCCAGCCUCAUGAUCCGGCUCAGCCCCACCUCAGCCUUGGAGUCACCAUCAUGGAACUAGACACAGAGCCUCCUCUCUCCACCGGCUUCCCCCUCUCCUCUGGGGGUGGGGGGGCUCGUGCCUCCUGCCAGGCAGCCCAGGAGGAUGCCAUAGGCUCCUGCCGGGCAGCAACAUCAUAGCUCCAGCCAGACCCCACACGGAGCUGGCCACACUUGAGAGCCUGGUAUUUUUGCUAUUGCUGUGCCUUUAGAUAUUAUGAAAGAGGUUAGUGUGCUCUCUGUAAUAAACUUGUCCCUGAGAA